AUGUAUAAAUAUAUAAUGGCAUUUAACCAAGCAUAUUCUGAAUUGCUAGCUAAGUUACCAGCUUCCAUAAUAAAUGAGGCAUGGAUUCGUCUCACAUCACGGAAGCAUAACCCAUUAUCUGAGAAAGAGGCCAGUGAAAUUAAUCCAAUUGUAGAGUCAUUUUUAAAACAUGAAGCUAUUAGAUAUCAGAAAAGAUUAAUACGCCAGAGACGAACCCAAAGUUGGCCAGAAUGCCCGACAUCGUUCAAAAAAAUACCAUUUAUAUUUGUCUCAGAUAAUGAUACUCAAACUGAUAAUAUCACUUGGCCGGAGGCGCUAAAGUAUGAUCACAAGGAAGAGAAUAAUCGCCGGGUUAUGAAUGAGCUUAAAGUACUAUCCCAGCACCUGCUCGAUUAUAAUAAAAGAACUUUCGAGAAGUUCAUGCGAGAUGUAAAUCUAGAGUACAAUGAGUGGGUUAAUACAAAUAAGAAAAUGCGCUAUGAGAUCAAAGAUCUGAAGAU